ACAUGUCGUUUCAUUCGCUUGUGUCGUGCUCAAGAGCAUCUGCACCUCUGCCUCCAACUGCUUCGCGUGCCAACCGGUCUCUUAUGCACUCUCCCUAUCUCUCCAAUGCUUCGCUCCACAUCUGUUUCUCGUGAGCCCCUUUCUAGUCAAUCCACACCACCCACUAGCAUCGAGAUAGACGCUGGAUCGAGCCUUAUUAGUCUUCUUCAGCCACCUAGUCUCUUAGAUUCGUUUCAUCGUUCCUCAAGGCUGACUAGCUUCUUGCACCAACCGGAGGUCGAAUUGGUCAUUGGUUUGUUCGCCAUCUGCAUGCGGCGCGUCAAGUGA